GCCCUCAGUGAUGCCUCUUGGCCCUGUCUCGUUGGCCUGGUGCGUUCCCCUCAUCUCCAGUCUGCAGGGACUUCUCUGAGUCCCCGCCCCCCUGUCCUUGCCCCCAUGACAGGCAUGGCGGCGGCAAGCCGGGGGCGGCCACAGCGGGUGAGCAUGCAGGAGCACAUGGCCAUCGACGUGAGCCCGGGCCCCAUCCGGCCCAUCCACCUCAUUUCCGACUACUUCCCGCACUUCUACCCGUUUGCGGAGCCCGCCCAGCACGCCCCAGGCCCACGCGCUGCAGUGACUCCCGCCAUCCACUCUGCACCCCAGCCGCAAUCCGACCCAGAACCAGAGGGAGACUCAGAUGACAGCACUGCCCUGGGCACCCUCGAGUUCACGCUUCUUUUUGACGCGGACAACAGUGUGCUGCACUGCACCGCUCAUCGUGCCAAGGGCCUCAAGCCACCUGCCUCAGGCUCCAUGGACACCUAUGUCAAAGCCAACCUCCUGCCUGGGGCCAGCAAGGCCAGCCAGUUGCGGACAUGCACGGUUCGGGGCACAAGGGGGCCCGUCUGGGAGGAGACACUCACCUAUCACGGCUUCACCCGCCAGGACGCUGGGUGCAAGACCCUGCAGCUGUGCGUGUGUGAGGACCCGCGGCUGCGUCGACUGCGGCGGGUACCUCCCCUGGGGGAGCUCCGAGUGCCCCUGAGGAAGCUGGUGCCCAACCGAGCCCGCAGCUUCGACGUGUGCCUGGAGAAGCGGAGGCUGACCAAGAGACCUAAGAGCCUGGACAUAGCCCGUGGCAUGUCCCUGUAUGAGGAGGAAGAGGUGGAGGCUGAGGCGGCCGGGGAGGAACGCGGGCGCAUCCUGCUCUCACUGUGCUACAGCUCUCAGCGGGGCGGCCUGCUGGUGGGCGUGCUGCGCUGCGCCCACCUUGCCCCCAUGGACGCCAACGGCUACUCGGACCCCUUCGUCCGCCUCUUCCUGCAUCCAAACGUGGGGAAGAAAUCUAAAUACAAGACCAGUGUUCGGAAGAAGACCCUGAACCCCGAGUUCAACGAGGAAUUCUUCUAUGCAGGCCCCAGAGAGGAGCUGGCCCAGAAGACGCUGCUCGUGACUGUAUGGGACUAUGACCUGGCCACGGCUGACGACUUCAUUGGCGGGGUGCAGCUGAGUGGCCGGGCCAGUGGGGAGUGCCAGCAGCACUGGCGUGAGUGCCUGGGCCACAGUGACCGCCGGCUGGAGCUGUGGCACCCGCUGGACGGUGCACCCCUCCAGCUCAGCGACUAGCAGCGGCACAUGGCCCUGCUCACUGCUGCUCCCCUAAACUGACCCACGGACGUCUCCAGAGCUGGGAGGACCUGGGGCUGCCUCACCCACCGCGCCCAGUCCCUAGUCCAUUGUUUCCUCCCUUCCCCCCUUUCAAAUUCACCCCACUGCCAAAUCAUGAAGCAAGAAUAAACCUCUCCUCCAAACCAGA